UUUUCAUUCAUUACUGCCGCUGCACUUUUCUUUGUUGCUAGCUAAAGGCUAGCUGUAUUUAACACAUUAGCUGUGCAGUAGUGGGCGAGGUGUCGGUUAACAGAGUUUUUAGCCUCUUAUCUCAGUGGUUUUUUUCUAACCACAGCACAUUAGCUAGUGCAUUUUAUGCCGAAUUAGUUUUCGGUGAAUAGUUGACAGCCGGCUUGCUAGGCUGGCAAGAUUAGCUAGCAUCAUUUCCUGAUUCAAGCAUAUCAGAUGUCUGUCUGAUUCGUGUUUUGACAUCACAGUUCAUAUCUCACGUAGAAGGGAACCGCGUAGCUGGAGAUCCAGAUGAACCGGUGCUGCAGUUAAGCUUGUGUCGUCUCUUUGUCCGUCUGUGAAAUGGAGGUGAUUAUGGUGUUGGUGAUAAAGGUGUGAGGAAAAAGCCCCUGUGGUCCUCUUGCUGCCCCGCACACUUCCUCAUGGAUUCCAGCAAUGAUGAGGCACUCGAUAUCAUCAUCACCAAUGUGGUGGCAACCUUCAGGACCCGGUGCCACCUCAACCUGCGCACUAUCGCCUUGGAGGGAACCAAUGUCAUCUAUAAGCCAGAAGUAGGGAAAGUUCUGAUGAAGCUUCGUAAGCCCAAGAUAACAGCCUCAAUCUGGUCCUCAGGGAAAAUCAUCUGCACUGGAGCAACAAGUGAGGAUGAGGCAAAGCUGGGUGCUCGCAGGUUAGCGCGCGUGCUGCAGAAACUCGGCUUCAAGGUGAGGUUUUCUGCCUUCAAAGUUGUGAAUGUGCUGGCAGUGUGCUCCAUGCCGUUUGCAAUCCGCCUUAUAGACUUUACUAAGAAGAACCGACCCAUUGCCAGUUAUGAACCAGAGCUCCAUCCUGCAGUCACGUACAGGAUCAAACAUCUCAAAGCUACUAUACAGGUGUUCUCUACUGGCAGCAUCACAGUCACAGGACCAAAUGUGCAGAACGUGGCCACAGCUGUUGAGCAAGUCUACCCACUACUGUUCGAGUGUCAGAAACCCCACAACUGAUGUAUUUGUUACAAGUGUGGAAGCACCUUAUCCUUGGAUUUUAUGCUUGGUUUUAUUAUUAUGUCAGCCACAGACUUCUAGCAAGAUCAACGGACUGGAUGUCACUUGGAUUUUUAAAACAUUCUUAAACAACCCCAGAGUCGUCAAACUUCCCCCUCACAAAAUGUCAUCGUUGUUGUGGAUCGUGCGGCUCUUACGAUUUUAACAACCUAAAUUUGCAAGUAUGUCUUCCAAAGUUCAGGAAAAACUGCUCCUUAUUACCUGACCACCAAAGGGGUGGAAGCUAUUUGCUUUUUAUUUGCUCUGGGUGUUACUGCACAGACACUCGAAGACAAGUUGUUAGCAAUCCUAACUACUUUGACACCUAACAGUGGUGAGCAUUGCGAAGACUCGGCAUGCAUCACUGAGGAGCCUCACCUUUUAACCCUAUUCACAAGUCGUCCAUUUGCUGCUUUCUCUCAAAGAAUCUCCGUCCACAGCUCUUCUGUUCUCGUGUUAAUGCGAGGCAUCCAUUGUUUUAUCAAUAGUUUUGCCUCAAGAGAAAAACAGCAGUCAAAUCUGAGUCUGAGUCAGACCUGAGUCUGGACUGUCAGUAUGUUACAUUUUACGCAUGUACAGAAAGAGCAGGUCCAUAAGCAGAAACACAUAUCCGCUCACAAUAUGCAUUAAUCUGAUUUUAACUGUAGUUAUCUCACAUUUUCUUACUUUGUUUGGUUGUCAGUUCAGUAAGAAAUUGUUCUUGUUUCCCCGCUGUGUCACUGGAUCAGAACACACACACAAUUGUGAUUUUAUUUUCAUUUGCUAAUAAUUGUGAUGUUGUGAAAACUCUAAGGGUUUAGGUAUAUUGUAUUUUUAACAUGCAGUUGGGUCACACAUCUCUCAUUUGCUUUCAACCCACACAACUACUGUUUGGUCGCAGGCUUAAGUAGUACUGAGAAAGGGCAUGACAAAAUAAGAUUUUAAGCAGGCAAGGGAAUAAAAAAUUAUCAAAACCGUCCAUGACUGGACUUGGAGUUUCCUACAAAGGCAAAGGACAAAGAAACAGAAAUUGAGAAAAUUGACCAUAAUGUUAAAGAACCACUCACAUUUGUAUGGCAGUAAGCUUAGCCUUGCCACACAACAUUUGUGGGAGUUUUUGAGGCAACAGUGUUCAAAUAGGCUUAACUUGCAGCAUCAGCCAAUACCUGAAUUGUCUAAAAAAAAAAAAAAAAACAAUGAAAGAAAAGAAAAACCUUUGUAGUAUAAUAUUCUCUUAACUGAGCAAAGUGAGCAGUGAGAUGUUAAGUGUUUUUAAACAGGAACAGAAAACCCCACUGAGAGAGGUAAUGUAUAUGUAUGUAUAUAAUCAAGGCAUCUGAUGGAAAAGAUGUUAAACUUUGUCUCAAGUAUGUGGGAUGGACUCGGUGUCACGGAAGAUUUGUGAAACUUUUUGUAUUUUGUAUAAAAAUAAAGGUUAAUGAUAAAAAAUGA